AUGUCUGGACGUGGCAAAGGUGGCGGUAAAGCUAAGGGAAAGUCCAAGACCCGCUCGACCAGGGCGGGACUGCAGUUCCCGGUUGGACGUAUCCAUCGUCUCCUGCGCAAGGGUAAUUACGCCGAGCGAGUAGGUGCGGGUGCCCCGGUGUACUUGGCAGCCGUUAUGGAGUACUUGGCAGCCGAGGUUUUGGAGUUAGCUGGUAACGCGGCCCGCGACAACAAGAAAACCAGGAUCAUCCCCCGUCACCUUCAAUUGGCCAUCCGAAACGACGAGGAGCUCAACAAGCUGCUCUCCGGAGUGACCAUUGCUCAGGGCGGUGUGCUACCAAACAUCCAAGCUGUCCUUCUGCCCAAGAAGACAGAGAAAAGCUCGUAA